UCCCUAGGAAGCAGAUGAUACUUCCGGCAUCCUGAACCAUGGCUGCUGCAACUCGCAAAAAAGCUCUGCGAUUUUUCUCUCAGUUCGGAGCUUUUAUCUUGACCCGAUUCAGCUUCUGGAACUGUUUCAGCAUGUUGAUGCUGUUCGCGGAGCGCGCGGAUGUGAAACGAAAGCCAGACAUCCAGGUGCCUUACCUGUACAUCGAUUUAGGAGCUGCAGUGUUGUGUGCCAGUUUCAUGUCUUUCGGGGUGAAGAGGAGAUGGUUUUCUCUGGCCGCUGCCAUUCAUCUGGCCCUCAGCACUUAUGUGUCCUAUGUGGGAGGACAGGUCCAUUAUGGAGACUGGCUGAAGGUGAGGAUGUACUCCAGAGCCAUGGCCAUCAUAGGAGGCUUUCUGGUGCUGGCCAGCGGAGCAGGAGAGGUUUACAGACAGAAACCUCGCACACGCUCGCUGCAGUCCACCGGACAGGUCUUCCUCGGGAUUUACUUGAUAUGUGUGGUUUACUCGCUACAGCACAGUAAGGAAGACCGGCUGGCCUACCUGGAUCAUAUUCCUGGUGGCGAGAUCACAAUCCAGCUGCUGGUGGUCGUGUUCGGGGUGUUAGCGCUCGCCUACCUCUCGGGCUGCUACGUGCGAGUGGCUUCCCAGAUCCUGGCCGUUCUGUUACCGCUGGUUGUGCUGUUCGUCGACGGCAACAUCGGAUACUGGCACCGCACCUGCCGAGUGGAGUUCUGGAACCAGAUGAAGCUCAUCGGGCAGAGCGUCGGCAUCUUCGGAGCGGUGCUCAUUCUUGCAACUGACAGCUAAAGAUAUAGGGAUACCACGACAGCUCUGUACAGGCAGCGCUUAGGACAAACAGAGAUCAGGCAUGCGUCUCAGGGGAUCAUUUGCUGAAGAAAUCGACGGAGAUGGACUGAGAGGAUACAAUUCCCAGCUUGCUCGGAAGCACAGAGUCUUCAAAAGACUGUUUACAUUUCAUUUGUUUCCAUUUUUAAUGCAUUAUUUAAACAUUAAGAACGACUACGAGUCUUAAAAGUUAAAUUAAAGUUGAAUGAUGAACUAAGGGGAGUUUAGAAACACAUUAGUCAGUUUUGAUGUUCUUAAGCUGUAUAGUAAUGUGGGCUUUUUUCCCCAUGUUACCGACAUUUAAAAUGCCAUUGCAUUUUGUGCUGCUUGUAUUUAGUUUGCAUUCCUUAUGCGACUUGUUUGACAGCAUCACAGUGUCAAUUAAAAACAAUUUUGUAUGGAACCUACAAAAUCGUUUAAUUAUUGCAUGCUGUUUCUAGUUAGAUACAUAGAUGUUGUAAAUAUUACAACAGCAACUCAAGAAUUCACAGUGUGAUCAAACUGUCAUAAACUGUAUUGUAUAGUUUUGUCAAAAGUAAAUUUUGUACAAAACUAAUACUAAAACAAUAGCUUAAAAUGUGAUCUAAAUAACUGAAAACGAUGGCUCAGUACAUCAAAGGUCACAAUACUACAUGGUCCACUAGAAUCCACGUGCGUAUGUUUACA